AUGGCUAAUACGACUUGCAUCAGUGCCUCUGUUUGCGUUCCUACGGCAGCUGUCUCGGCACCAAUGGGACAGGUUUUUGCCUCACCGGAGGACCUAGUCCCCACUGCACCCUGGCGCUCCUCGCUCUCGGUAUUUUAUAGCUGUAUAUCGAUCCUCAUUCUCUGUCCCUGGACGGGCCUAAAUCUCAACCUACCGGCGGAAAGUGAUUCCACAUGGUCCAAAUUGGUUCGCAAGGCCAAAUGGUGCUUGAUCACCAUCUGUGUCCCUGAGUAUGCAGCAGCCACAGCGUUGGCCGAGUUGCGUGCUGCUCUAGCAUCGCAACAACUUUUCAGAAACGAAUUACACGUUAAUCAUUGGACGCUGGCCCACGCCUUCUUUGCCAAUGCCGGUGGCUUCGUUCUCGAGUAUGAGCCGACACUCCCACAGCUGCUCAAAAAUAAGACGACUACAACGACAAAGCAUAUUGUGGAUAGUGCAAAGACUGCAUUAGGGCUCCCACUACUGGCGGAAUCUUCGGAUGAUAUCGAGCCCGCGCCAGGCGCACAGCUACAGCGCAUUGCGCUUACCUGCGAUGGGCUGGCCAUUUUAAUGCGGUUGGGCUUUAUCACCCCGUCAUCAGCCAUACUGGAUAUUUCAGUCCAGGAGCUUGACGACAAGAGCAAGACGGACGGAUUUGCCAAAUUCAUUGCCGUGGUUCAGACCACGAACUUUGUCAUACACCUCGUGGCGCGAAUGGCCGAGCGCCCUUGGCGAGUUGGGACGCCUCCGGAAUAUGUGACGUGUAUAAUGGUCUUAUACUCGAUAGCAAUAUUGGCUUUCUACUGGCGCAAGCCCCAAGGAAUCAACCUUCCUAUCGUCAUUAAAUGCGGCCGACUUUCAUCUCGCAAGCUCGAGCGCAAGAUGUUGGCCAAGCUACGCAAGGCGCUUAAGGUCUAUCACUACUCGGUCAACGAAGACUGCUCAAACGUGCCGCGCAUCCCUUAUGGCCGCAUUCAACUACAAUCUUCGCUCCGAAAGCUCCCAUUGACAGAAUUAGCGCUAUUGUUGCUCACCUCCAGCACAAAUGUAUUAACGACCAUAUUCGUCUCGGGUGUCUUGGGUCAACCUUGGAAAAAAAUCUGGUCCUUCGCUGGAUUGAUAAUGAGUAUUCUGUGGAUCUUCAUAUGCAUGCCGCGCAUUGUGGGAUACUGGCUCCCUGAAGCCGUAUCGUUUCGUCGGACACUGCAUGUAGUCGGAUUCUUAGCGAUGCUCUUCUACUUUCUCUGUCGGCUGACUUGGUAUAUUGUCGCAUUCUAUACUGUCUUUGCAGCACAGCUCCCGGCGGGUGCUUAUAUGACGGUCGAGUGGUUGAGUUUCAUUCCAGAGUUCUAA